AUGGGUUACUGCUUGGCUGAGCUCAUAAUAGAACAGAGUUAUUUGAUAGAGGAUGAAGAAAAAGAAGAACUGGUAAAGAAGCAGAAGAAAGUCAAGCGAUCUCACCCAAUUUCGGAUGGUAUGGAACCGGUAAAGCAGAAGAAUCUCAAUUUGGAAGAUCAACAAAUUGUUCCGUAUUUGAGUGAUGAGAGCAUGGAGCCAGAGGAAGAGUCAGCGUCAACUUGCUUGUCUGUCACAACACCAAUUUUCUCGGAUUCUCGAGUUCAAGAAAAAAUGAUGGAAGCAGCAGAUCUCAACAAUACGAUUCAAAUUACUUGGUUUCAUGCAAUUUGGGUCUCACUACCAAAACUACAGUACCCUGUGGAGCCGCUAGCUGCCAGCCGCUUAGAAGGGGAAUAA